AUGGAUCCCGUUACACCAGUCCCGAAACGAGCCUCGAUAUCAUCCAGUUCUCUAAGCAAAAGCGAAGAGAAAAUAGUAAAAAAGUUACACUCCAAUCCAGAGCACCUAUCUUCUGGUGAGCUGGCCCAGACACUGCUGAGCACCUUCAACAAGAACCUGGGAAAGUUCUCGUUUGCAAGGACGUUUGAAGCAUACUUGAGAUGGCUCGAGGCCCAACGCCGUGCACCACAGACAACAAUCAACUACAACUGGAAGAACGUCGUCAUGCAAUGGACUCAGAGCUUGAAAGCCAGAGAUAUCAGACUCAAAGACCUGGUUCUUGGGGUUGAGCAUUGGAAAAGGACUCAUGGCCCGUUUCACGACUCAAAAACCGAGGUGAAUCCAAGAUACCCACCAACCAUAGAUGAGUUGGAGACUGCAUACAAUAUGGAUUUAAGACCUCAUAGUGCUAGAAGCCCUCCAUCUGCCCCUCCUUUGAGAAAGGGAGAUCGCCAUGUACCUGAGGAAUCCAGACGUGCUCAUAGAGGACCAGAACCCAAAACGCACGAGGCCGCCAAGUCUCCAGCGAAGCACUAUUUGUCCUCGCCCAACAAUUCGUCGGUCCGUGCAAGUGCACCGGGUGGCACAAUUGGUCUGUUCGUUAUGAAUGUUGGGAACUACUCAAAUAAUGAAGUGGUAGAAAUCUUCCAUCCUGAUUAUCGGCAUACCGUCACGCGACUAGAGGCGUGGUUGACAAACAGAACUGUGCAUUUUCGGACAAUUGAAGACAGGGACCGGGCUUAUGACCUGCUUCCAGAUGACUUGAAGGCCCGGAAAGACAAAGACCUUACACGCCCGCUUGUUAGAAUAUACGCAGGCAGAGGAACUAAGCAAUGGUCAGAUAUCGAUACGAGCAGUGGACAUGCAGCCAGCCCUGAGAAAACAUCGAGGCGGCUUGGUGGCAAUAAAGAUGAACCGGAAGAAGUAGGCCUUUACUUCAUGAAUACUGGGAGAUAUUUGAGGAAAGAUGUGGAAAGGCUCUUCAGGGAAAGAGAUAUUUCGAACAUUGUCGGCGUCGAACGGCUGAGUAAAUCCAAUGUGGUUGUGUGGUUCCCAUCCAAAUAUCUCAGGGACAAGGCUUUGGGACACCUGCCCUCCUACUUGAAAGACGACAAUGAAACAUCACGCAAAACUUCACUCUUUGUGGUGCUUUUCAACCCUAGGGUGCAUAGCAAGCAUCCAGCAAGCCGCCUUCGGGAAAGGCAAAUCAACGGACCUGACAAAUUCUACAACAGAAGGGCUGACAAGAACGAAAGUCGAAUUGAAAAGUCCGUUGCAACUAAACACGGACAUAUUUCACGCUGGGGGCACAUUGGCGAUGAAAACGAUGGGUUUCGACGCCCAGACAGAACGCUCAGGGAUGAUGGGCGCCUCUCAAGAUACGAGUCUACCAACAACUCGAGCCCCGAGUUCAGCCGCCAUAAGGGAGCAUCAUUUGAUAAGCCAAAAAUCCCAGUAUUUUCUCCAGUUCGACAAAAUGAUGAGAGAAAAAACGGAUAUUUAAAUGAUGAGGAACGUAUGAUGUGGGAACAGGACCAAGGGGAUGCUUUCACUGGGAUGUGGUUGGAAAAGCUCACCGAUGAGAUUAUAAAGCAAAGAAGCAAACUGGAGAAUCCAACCCAUUACAAUGCUCUAGCAAAGAAUUUUUACGGCGAAGAAGAGCCCGUCGACAAAGAGGCGUUACGAUAUGCAGCUCCACUUAUCAAUGAGAUUGGCAAUGCCAGGCCUCGAUUGAAGCGGUCCAGAAGUCCAGACCCCAUCGAUCAUACGGAGAAUAUGGGCGAUUGCUCUAAACGCACCAAGCUCGAAAAUUACUCUUCUGGCGAUAUGGACAGUUUUGAGGGAGACAUGUCGGAUGGUGAUGGCCUUGAUUUCCGUACGCUUGGUCUCGGCAGGGUGAAGCGCCUCAAUGCACUUCACAUGUGGGAUCUUCUUGACAAUGCCAAGCGCUUGGAAGAAUCUCUCGAUAGUAAUACAAGCAAUUCAAGUGAAAACGAUACAAUGGUUGAGGAGAUCUCGGGUAGUGAUAUUGAUGGUGAGGACGAAGAGGCAGAAUCCGAAGACGAGGAGGCAGAAUCCGAGGACAAGGAGGCAGAAUCCGAAGACGAGGAGGCAGAAUCCGAGGACAAGGAGGCAGAAGCCGAAGUCCAACGAUCUAACAAUGAGUUAGAACCUAUCUCGAGCCCAGACGACGGAUGGUGCUCAUCUCGAGAUUACUGGGCUGGGUCUUCGGGAGGCUCUAAUUCUUCCGAGCUUGAGGAAGGUGCCAGUGGCCAAUCUGCCAGACGCAGACGCUGUGGAAAUGAGCGACUCCGAUGUCAAGUCAGACGCUGAGAUAGCAUACAGUAGCCCGGAGACACCAUCAGAGUAAGGUGAUGGGAUGGAU